AUGAAGGCUACUGUGAUUGGUGCUGCUGGUGGUAUCGGCCAGCCUCUCUCGCUUUUGUUGAAGCUGUCGCCGAACGUGACUGAGCUCUCGGUCUACGAUGUGGUGAACGCUGUGGGUGUCGCUACCGACCUGUCGCACAUCGACUCGCAGGCUCCGUGCUCGGGCUUCCUGCCGGAGAACGAUGGUCUGAACAAGGCUCUUGAUGGCACCAACCUUGUGAUCAUUCCGGCCGGUAUCCCGCGUAAGCCGGGCAUGACUCGUGAUGACCUGUUCAACACCAACGCCGGUAUUGUCUACGGUAUUGCCGAGGCUGUGGCCAAGACGGCCCCCAAGGCGUUCGUGCUGGUCAUUUCGAACCCUGUCAACUCGAUGGUCCCCAUCUUCUCGGAGGUGUUCAAGAAGCACAACGUGUACGACCCGAAGCGCCUGUUCGGUGUGACUUCGCUCGACCUGGUGCGUGCUUCGACGUUUGUGUCGGAGUCGAACGGUGAGCCUUCGGCUGCCCCGAAGUACAAGGUGCCCGUCGUUGGUGGUCACUCGGGUGUGACGAUUGUGCCUCUGCUCUCGCAGUCGCAGCCGCCGUUCAAGGGUGACCAGAAGACCAUUGAGGAGGUCACCAACCACAUUCAGUUCGGUGGUGACGACGUCGUGAAGGCCAAGAACAACACUGGUAGCGCUACUCUCUCGAUGGCCUACGCCGGUGCUCGCUUCGCCGACUCGAUUCUUUCGGCCGCUCAGGGCAAGAAGAUCGACGUGGAGUACAGCUACAUUGACCUGACCGCCGAUGAGGCUGGUGCCAAGGAGGUCAAGGACGUGAUUGGUGACAAGACGCCGUUCUUCAGCGUCCCGAUCACUCUUGGCCCCAACGGUGUGGAGAAGAUCCACGGUCUUGGCAAGCUCUCGGACUACGAGAGCGAGCUGAUCAAGAAGGGUGUCGAGGCUCUGGAGGGUAACAUUACCAAGGGUAUCUCGUUCAAGCCUACCAAGCUCUAA